AGAGACUGUAGUCAGUCAGCUCUCACUCAUGUAUGAGCUUGUUUCCUCUAUGCUGAUCAAGAUGAAGCUGUGUUUGAUUCUCGUCUGUGCAGCUCUUCUCUACACAGAGGCUAAAAUUCAGCACAAGGAUAUGAACAUAGAUCUGUGCUCUGAUACAGAGAAAGAGUUUUUGUACGGACUUGAUGGAGAAGAAAAGUGGCACGCUGACUUCAGUCAGGGGAAAGGAGUGAUGACCCUGCCACAGUUUGCAGAUCCUGCAUCCUAUGGAGAAGGAGCCUAUGAGAGCGCUGUUGCUAAUGUGGAAAUCUGUAAACAAAACUUGGCUGUUUGUAUAAAAGCCUACAAUUACCCUGCAGUACCAAAAGAUGCCCCCCAAACUUCAAUCUACCCCCAGGACGAUGUGGAGCUGGGCUCUAAGAACACUCUAAUCUGUCAUAUCACUGGAUUCUACCCUGCACAUGUUGGAGUUUCCUGGACCAAGAACAACAUCAAUGUGACGAGUGAAGCUUCUUUCAGCAGACAUUACGUUACUGAUGAUGGAACCUUCAACCUGGUCACUCGUCUGAGCUUCACUCCAGAGGAGGGCGACAUCUACACCUGCACUGUGGGCCACGUAGCCCUGGACAGACCAUUGACCAAAACAUGGGAUGUGCAGGUCACUCAGCCCGGUGUGGGUCCGACUGUGUUCUGUGGAGUGGGUCUGGCUACAGGACUGCUGGGAGUCGCUGUUGGAACUUUCUUCCUCGUCAAAGGAAACAACUGUAACUGAGAGUCUGACUGUAAACAUCACAGAAAAAACUCAUUACAGGAUGAUUUGUACGCUUGAAGCUUGUGUGAUUUUUCUUUUACUCUGUAUUUUGUCAUUUUUCCAUUGUUUUUGUUUAAAUGUUCUACACCAUGUCUUUGAGCUGCAAUUUUGCACCGAGUGUAAUCAAGCCUUUGGUAGUCCACUUAAAUUCUAUGCAACUAAAAUAUUGUCAUAUACUUAUAUAUUGUUAUAUUCCCACAAGACUGUGUUCACAUAAUUUGAAGACCUAAAAUGAUUUAGUUGACCAAAGUAAAUAAAGAGCAACUAAUAAACUAAGUCCACUAAUUUUGUUUGUUUGUUUAAUAUUUGUUUUUCUAUAAGCUGAUGAUUGGAAUUAAAACUGCAGUUAAAUGAAAUGUAAAGAAAACCGAGUUUACAUUUCAAAUGUUACAAUAAAAAUGUAAAUGUAAAAGAAUAAUACAUUGUGAUGAGAAUUGUUUCACUUAAAGAUCAAUAUCAUUUUCAUUUAUACACUGUUUUUUAAUUGGAUAUUAUUGGAUAAUCUACAUCAUCACAGAGUGUGAUGUGCUAUCAGCUAGUGUUAGCAUGUUUGCAAGUUUUUUAUUAAAUCUGAAGACUGUGGAAAAAG